AUGGCGGCGCCCGAGGCACCCGGUUCCCCUACCGAAGCGCCCCAGCCGGCCGUGGAGGAGGAGGAGGAAACGAAAACGUUUAAAGACCUGGGUGUGACCGAUGUGUUAUGUGAAGCUUGCGACCAGUUGGGAUGGACGAAGCCCACCAAAAUCCAGGUGGAAGCUAUUCCUUUGGCCUUACAAGGUCGUGAUAUCAUUGGGCUGGCGGAAACCGGCUCUGGAAAAACAGGGGCCUUUGCUUUGCCCAUUCUGAAUGCGCUGCUGGAGACGCCCCAGCGUCUGUUUGCUUUGGUCCUUACCCCCACCCGAGAGCUGGCCUUUCAGAUUUCAGAGCAGUUUGAAGCCCUAGGGUCUUCUAUUGGAGUGCAGACUGCUGUGAUUGUAGGUGGAAUUGAUUCAAUGUCCCAGUCUCUGGCCCUGGCAAAAAAACCACAUGUAAUAAUAGCAACUCCUGGUCGACUGAUUGACCACUUGGAAAACACAAAAGGUUUCAACUUAAGAGCUCUCAAAUACUUGGUCAUGGAUGAAGCAGAUCGAAUAUUGAAUAUGGAUUUUGAGACAGAGGUUGACAAGAUUCUCAAAGUGAUUCCCCGAGAUCGGAAAACAUUUCUCUUCUCUGCUACCAUGACCAAGAAGGUACAAAAACUUCAGCGAGCAGCACUGAAGAAUCCUGUGAAAUGUGCUGUUUCCUCUAAAUACCAGACGGUUGAGAAAUUACAGCAAUAUUAUAUUUUUAUUCCCUCUAAAUUCAAGGAUACCUACCUGGUUUAUAUUCUAAAUGAAUUGGCUGGAAACUCCUUCAUGAUAUUCUGCAGCACCUGUAACAAUACUCAGAGAACAGCUUUGCUACUCCGAAAUCUUGGAUUCACUGCCAUCCCCCUCCACGGACAGAUGAGUCAGAGCAAGCGUCUGGGAUCCCUUAAUAAAUUUAAGGCAAAGACUCGUUCCAUUCUUCUAGCAACUGAUGUUGCAAGCCGAGGUUUGGACAUACCUCAUGUGGAUGUAGUUGUCAACUUUGACAUUCCUACCCAUUCCAAGGAUUACAUUCACCGAGUAGGUCGGACAGCUCGAGCUGGGCGCUCCGGGAAGUCCAUCACCUUUGUCACACAAUAUGAUGUGGAACUCUUCCAGCGCAUAGAACACUUAAUUGGGAAGAAACUGCCUGUCUUUCCAACACAGGAUGACGAGGUUAUGAUGCUGACAGAACGUGUGACUGAAGCCCAAAGAUUCGCCCGAAUGGAGCUGAGGGAGCAUGGAGAAAAGAAGAAGCGUGCACGGGAGGAUGCUGGGGACAAUGAUGAUACGGAGGGCGCCAUGGGUGUCAGGAACAAGGUGGCAGGAGGGAAAAUGAAGAAACGGAAAGGCCGUUAG